UUAAACAUGUAUCUGUUGGGCUGUCGAUUUUCAAUGACACCGACAGACACAGACUGAGAAGAAAAUGCGCAGCGACGAUACUGCCAGCAACCCUGCGACCUGCAUGUGACCCGCACGGCGACCAGGGCUUCCCACAUGGACACUGAUACCGGCCACCUUUCAGUACUUUCCAUGAGCCUUAACAAAUAUAUGGUCGAUUUGCCUGUUAUCUCUCACCGACAUGGCUUCUGUCGCAUGCCCUUGUGCCCGAUACACACCGCAGGCCGUAAUACGGCACCUGAUGCGAAAUUUGAAAUAUUGCAUUGGCUAUUUCCGAUUGCUUUAUUUGACAUUUCCGCGUACAUACACUGCCUUCCUGCUCUUCUGACGAAACUCUGUGUACUCAUAAAGGAUGCAUAAAAAGUUUACUGUCGAUUACCUUAUAAUUGAACGGAAGGGGUGUACCCAGUUACUGGGACUAAAUGACCCUUGUCACCCAGUAAACUCAUCUUAAUUGAGUGACCUAGUGAAUAAGUGCAACCCCCAGGAGGCUGGAUCAGUAGGCAUACGGACGGCCAGUAAAGUUUUUCACGAUGCGCUUUUACAAAGGUUUGCCUAAAGGUGUGCUUUGUGGGCAUAUGGUUCCACUGUGGGGCUUUGCAGGCUGCUGCGGCAAUGAAAAGCCCCGCGGGAGGCGCAGCCUUCAGUACCCCUACGUGGUCAUGAAUUCGGUGUCCCCCAGCGCGGCGCAAUACCUGGGGGGCGGCCUGCAGGACGAGGGCCUGGCUUCACACCCCGAUGGCUACCGGGCUCCGGCCCGUGACCCCCGGGGGCAUUUCGGCUAUGGGUCGGGCUCUGAUGGGGGCAGGGAGGCAGCGGAGGAGCCUGACGAGGUGGACCGGCUCAAGGCAAAGCUGAUGUCUGCCUGGAACAACAUGAAAUACGGCUGGUCUGUCAAAUCAAAAACCAGCUUUAACAAGACCACACCCCUGACUCUGCUGGGACACUCCUACCUGCUGAAUCAUGAAGAUGAAGUGGAGCGGUUCAGCCGGACCUUCGUGUCCCGCCUGUGGCUGACCUACCGGCGCGAGUUCCAGCAGCUCGAGGGCUCGACGUGGACCACGGACUGCGGCUGGGGCUGCAUGCUGCGCAGUGGACAGAUGCUGCUGGCCCAGGGGCUGCUACUGCACCUGCUGCCCCCAGGCUGGGCGUGGCUCGACGGGCAGCAGCUCACAGAUGUGGAAUUUGAGAUCCUAAAGCCUCGUUCCCCGUCACGGAGCUCAGGGGUCUCGCUGCCCGCAUUCCCCUCUUCCCGACCCACUCCCCGGGGACGCGGGGGCACCGCAGAAGUGUCGAAGAGAGCCCCCGUUUGGAGAUGCUCCUCAGAGACCAGCCAGGACAGGCAGGCGGAAGCCAUGCACCGUCGGGUGGUUUGCUGGUUCGGGGAUCAUCCCAGUGCUCCAUUCGGGGUGCACCAGCUGGUCGAGCUGGGCAAGAGCUCAGGGAAGAAGGCUGGGGACUGGUACGGGCCCUCCAUCGUCGCCCACAUACUGAGAAAAGCAGUGGAUAAAACGUCUGAGCUGCCCAAUCUGACUGUGUAUGUAGCUCAGGAUUGUACUGUGUAUAAGGAGGAUGUUAUGCGGCGGUGUGACUGCUCUCAGUCAGAGGGCUCGUCCCAGUCCGGUUCAGGGUGGAAGUCUGUUAUUGUCCUGGUCCCAGUCCGACUGGGUGGAGAGUCCCUGAACCCAUCCUACAUAGACUGUGUCAAGAACAUUCUCAGGUUAGACUGCUGCAUUGGCAUCAUCGGCGGAAAGCCCAAGCAUUCCCUCUUCUUCAUCGGCUUCCAGGAUGAUCAGCUGCUGUAUCUGGACCCACACUACUGUCAGUCUGUGGUGGACGUCACCCAGAACAACUUCCCACUGGAGUCAUUUCACUGUCACUCUCCGCGGAAGAUGAGCUUCAGCCGAAUGGACCCCAGCUGCACCAUUGGCUUCUACGCUAAAAGCCAGAAAGACUUUGAGUCUCUCUGCAUCAUGGUCAGCACGGCUCUGUCUUCCUCUAAGGAGAAGUACCCAAUCUUCACUUUCGUAGAAGGCCGGGGGCAGGAUUACGGGUUGGAGGGGCAGAGUGGGGUGAUGCCUGAGCAGGACGCACACAUCCAACCCAGGGGAAAGGCCGGCGGCGGGAAGAGAUGCAGCGUGGAUGAGUUCGUGUUCCUGUGAACGCGCUGGACCGGCCGCUGAUCACUAGAAAGGACCCCUCUCCCUCCCACCGGCAUGGAAGCAAAUGACUGUUGGGCCGCUUCAGCUGGUUCAAACUGAAUCACCGCCACCCCCCCCCCCCCCCCCCCCAGGCUGGUGUCUUGAGUUCUUGGUGGAGGAAUCACGGUAAAGAAAGAGACCGGGUGUAGAACACUAUCUUCAGGGAACUUUUGUAGUCACUGUAGUUUAAUGGCACAGAGGGGUUCUAUCCGAGAACAAGUGGUUUUUCUAGAUUGUCACAAAUGAUUUAUGGUUGUUUUUUCUUUUAUUUCCAUUUUGAGUUUCUGAUUUGCAGUCGUACACCUUGCAUUUCCUAAACACGAUCUUCCGGCAGUGUUUCGUGAGCGGUAGGUAAUGUCGAGGCCAUCCUUAAAGCGAGGUGCAGCGGGCGAGUUCUGCCAUGUGUGCAGGGAGAUGUGGAGGUGAUGUGGAUGGUUCCCAAGCUGAAAGAUUCCUGCUGUUUGGUGUAAUUUGAACAUCUUUGACUUGAAUGGAUUCAUAACUAUAAGUGUAUAACUUUGUAUGGUGCUUUCCAUCCCUUAAGGAUGCUAGUCUGACUACAUAAUUGUCCGGUAAGCUAAUCACAAGUUAGCCUAACACGGCUACUGGGAUUUUAAUUUUCUUUUCUUUGUAAUUUAUUUUACUGGAUUUUACCUUAAUACGUUUGCUGAAUGUUUGUGGGGGGUGGCAGGGUGCCCAGACAGAAAAUUGUCUGGAAUGGUGUGUAAUUCUUGAGUGAGUGAGCGAGUGAGUGAUAUUUUAUUUUAAUUUAUUGUUGCAACUUUUACACUUUAAAGAUCAUUGCAGCGUCGUCCAGAAUCAUUGUGGUUGUUGGGCUCUGUCGUUACAAAUGUGGCGUCUAGUGUAAAGCUUGCAUUUAUUUUAAUGUCAUAAGAGGCUUAAAUUGUAGUGCACAUCCUGAGUGGAUCUGCGCAGCCCUCGUCACGCCAAAGCCCAAACUGUACACUAUUUAAUGGGCUUCUGUGUUUGUGCAAUGUCCCUCAUUACCUGCAUCCGAGAUGCCUCAUCGCUGACCUUGAUCCAUUACUGUACUUGGACAUCCUCUGCAGUUUCCCCACACUGAUCCCCAAGCUUUCCAGCAACUGCCCAAUGCUCUACAAUGAGUUGAACUCCAGGGGAAUUGUGGGAAAUGCAGUCUUUGGUUUCUCCAAAGGCCUCAGAGCUGCAUGUUUGGGAUCAACAAGUGUCCAAGUAGAUCAGUCUGUUUUUUUAUCCUUUUUAUAGGUGCAGUGAUGUUCCUCCCCUCCAGGACAUGCCAUUAUUUUGUUUUUUACGUACACUGUAUGAAUAAUUGACUUCUGUACAUUUUGUGCUCAGAAAAUUCAGAAGCAUAUUUUCAUGGAAAAAUCAUACUAGUUCAGGUUUUGAUUUUUUUUUUUUUUUUUAAAUACAACUUCUGAAGGCGUAAGUUAAUUACUCUGCAUAUUUAUUUACAGAUAUAUUUGUAAAUCCACUGUAAAGAUGAUGGAAUAAAUGAGUUUUUAAAACAA